UCUCUGCCCUAUGGAGCCCACUGUUCCUUUGAGCCUGGGUCUUGUGGCUGGUCAACGUCCAAUGAGCUGUCCUCUUGGAGGAGGGUCAGUGGGGAGGAACUGGGAGACAGUGAAGACAUGCUGGGGACAGCGCUGCAAAAUACACAAGGUAAAUUGUGCAAAACACACCAGGUCAAUCAAAGGUAACCAGGCCUAAAAUUGCUGGGUAACACUUUAUUUGAAGGAGGUAUACAUGAAGACACCUUUAUGAGACCAGACAUAAAUAGCGGUUGGGUAUUACAGUGUGCUGUAUAAAGUACCAAUUUUACACUAGACUGGUCCUCAUCCUGGAAAUUGGGUAUUUUCUUGAUACUCAGUCACUAAACACUAGUGGACAUACAGUGUACUGAAAAUAGAGUUCAAUCUUGCAACCCUCUUAUCGUAUGUGCCAUACAGUAUAAGCACCUUUUGCACCCAAUAGGUAAUUGACCAGGAAUAGUAAAUGGAGAUAUGAUGGUGUCAGUGGAGGCUGCUGAGGAGAGGAUGGCUCAUAAUAAUGUCUGGAACGGAGCAAAAGGAAUGGCAUCAAACACCUGGAAACCAUGUGUUUGAUGUAUUUGAUACCAUUCCACCGAUUCCGUUCCAGCCAUUACCACGAGCCCGUUCUCCCCAAUUAAGGUGCCACCAACCUCCUGUGGAUGGUGUCCUACAGCUGUAGAGUUCGAUGUAUUCUCUGAGAAUUGGUUUUCAGGUGCUGUUGAGUCUCCUCUCCAUCAGGUCCUGGAGCUAGGAGAGGGGAACUACAGUAUGAGAAGACUGUGUAUAGGCAAAGACGAUCCUCCAGGUUUCUUUCCACGUUUCUCAUAUUACACAGAGACCGGAAAUCCAUUUUGUUCUUUAUGACUCCAAUGGGAUUUUCAUUCCAAUUCAAGUUUUCAAAACAUUGGGGAAUCUAAUGCCUUUGUAUGCCUAAAGGAGGAAUGCCCUAUGGGGUUAUCACUGAAUAGAAUGACAUCCUUUGGACAGUUUGUCGAUGAUUUACAAUCAGUUAUAACACCUGAGUAUUAUGAAGCCCAGCAUUUUUACAUUUACAUUUAAGUCAUUUAGCAGACGCUCUUAUCCAGAGCGACUUACAAAUUGGUGCAUUCAACUUAGGAUAGCCAGUGGGACAACCACAUCUCGAUCACAAUAAGUACAUUUCUUUAAACAAGUCAGUGCUAGCAGGAGUAUGGUGUGAUGUAAAACAUGUCCUGUUGCUGCUGAAAUGAUUUCCAUUCAUUUUCUGCAUUUCAGUUUAUAGCUCCAAUUGGUUUCAGUCCAAAUCGACAAGCACUGUGCCAAGGCAAUAUUUAUUGUUUUUGAGAUGAGGACUGAAAGACUGAUUUCUUCAGAGCUCUAUCAGUCAUGCCCUGUUGACUGGUGCACUACAUCAGUGUCAGCUCCCCUCUGUGUUGCGGUUAUCGGCUUCUCCCCCAGGGCACUUCCUGUUCCUGGCCGUGAGAAGGAAUAGUUCCAGUCAUGAGGUGUCUGUCCGGAGUCACUCCUUCCCCCAACCGGUCUCUACCACAGCCUGUCAGGUGAGAGGUGUAAAUUGACCUAUCUAUCCAGCCACCCAAUGGCUUCCUUACUGAUGAGAUAAUCUCCCCUUCUAACAACAUGCUCACUGAUGACUCACUGAUGAGUUCUAGACAUCCUCAUUAAGGGAGUUUUAGAAACACCCUCAAAAGAUGCCAGAAUCACACAACCAUAGCCAAGGCCUGUCUAUUGAUUUGAAUUUUUGGUAAUUAGUCUGUUUUUCCCCCCCAGACAGCUGGUAUAUCAUAGAGAGCAGUAAUCUGGUACUACACACAGAAUAUCAAACUUCAUACAGUUUUAAGUCAUGUUAAAGUCUUCAAACAGUAUGUCAUGAAAUUCACUAAUUCACAUCCCUUCUGGAUGUCUCUGUCUGCAGUUGCAUUUCUCCCUGUAUCUCUAUGGGGAGUUUAAUGGCACCGUGCUGCUGUCACUAGAGGAAAACAGUACUACCACAUCCCCGUUGGUGUGGGAGAGGUCUGGACAGUGGAAAGACAACUGGCAGGACAUCUCUCUACAGCUACCUGCCCUCCUCAAUGGGUAUGGUGCCCUAAUGUACUGCUUAAUUACUGACCUGAGGUGUCAACACAUAACGUUACAGUACAUAAAGUUCAGAGUUAGAGUUUAUUGAGUGAUUGCAGUUUGAUAAAUGAUUACUGUGAAAGAAUGUGAAAGAAUUUAGGGUAUUUUAAUAAAGCAUAAACUAAUAUGAAAUCUAGAUUGAAUGCCAUACUGUGUUGCUCUCCAUUCAUUGUAUGUGUGUUCGCCCAGGUUCCACCUCAAGGUGAAGGCUCUGUGGGGACCAGGCUCCAAUGCUGACAUCGCCCUAGAUGACAUCGCCCUGGGGGCAGCAUGCUUUGACACAGGUAGCCCUCCAUGUACACAACACAAACAGUCAGCUCUCAAUGUAGAUACUGUAACAUACUGUAUGGCUAGAGUACAGUGGGUGACUAUUUGGAGGGCUCCCUAAAUGUUUUAAGAUUACAUUUACUGAUUGACUGAUUAUUUUGGCCUCCUGAGUGGCACAGUGGUCUAAGGCACUGCAUCGCAGUGCUUAGGCGUCGCUACAGCCUGGGGAUCGAUUGGCCCAGCCUGGGGUUCGAUUGGCCCAGCACCGUUUGGGUUAGAGGAGGGUUUGACCGGCGGGGCUUUACUUGGCUUUGGACGGUGUUUCCUCCGACACAUUGGUACGGCUGACUUCCGGCUUAGUAUUUUAUUAGGAUCCCCAUUAGCUGUUCCCAAGGCAGCAGCUACUCUUCCUGGUCCAGGAACAUUACAUCAUACAAAUCAUUGUGCAUUUUACAAAUAUACAUUGCUCCAUUAUUACAUUGCAAUAUUACAAUACUGGGUGUGUGUAGAGUGUGUGUUUUAAAGUGUGUUUUAGAGUGUGUGUCUUCACAGUCCGCGUUGUGCCUUGAGGUGUUGUAUUAUCUGUUUUUUUAAAUCUGAUUUGACUUGAGUUACUUGAGGUGGAAAAGAGUUCCAAGUACUCAUGGCUCUAAAUAGUACAAUGUGUUUCCUAGCCUCUGUUCUGGACUUGGGGACUGUGUAGAGACCUCUCUGGUGGCUUGUCUUGUUGGGUAUGUAUGAGUGUCUGAGCUGUGUGUUAACCGGUUAAACAGACAGCUCAGUACUUUUAACACGUCAAUACCUCUCACAUAGACCAGUAGUGAUGUAGUCAAUCUUUCCUCUACUUUGAGCAAGGAGAGAUGAUAUGCAUGAUGUUGAUAUUAGCCCUUUGUGUACAUUUAAGGGCCAGACGUGCUGCUCUGUUCUGGGCCAACUGUAAUUUGCCUAUGUUAUGCGAGCAGUGUGUUAAGAAGCAGUGUGGCUUGUAGGGUCAUGCUUUAAAGACACGUCUCGACAUUCCCCUCUCCUGAGACCGUUGGGGAGAUACAGCGAUGAGACAAGGUCAUAACUACCAAUUGGAUAUAAAUAAAAUAAGAAAGGGGCCUCUUUCAUAUAGAUACAGCUAAUUAGAUUCCUUAAAGGACAACCGGUGAUGUGGCCUAUAUCACUUUAUCGUGGCAUUCACCUGAGUGAUGCCAUGACAUUUGUGUAGGAGGACCUGAAUACAUUCUAGUUAGGACACAGUAACAUUCAGUGGAGAGCAAUGCCCCAUAACAACUGCUGAUCCACCCCCAUGGAGUUGCAGAUGAGACCGUUAAUAGAGCAUGUCUUAAGACUGGAAACAAUAGAGCCGUUGAAGAAGAGUCAAAGACAGAGAGGAGUCUUAACCGAAGAAUGUUGCACGCAGAUACGUCGGCUAACCGCCAUCUCCAACUCAGCUGGAGAGCUCCCCUGGAAGCCCACACGCUGCCUGAUUGCUUCUGAAAGGGGAAAACCGACCGUAGAAUACUUCUCCCCGGGAUUGAAUCCGCAAUCUGACAAUAAAAUCAUCGGGUUCCAGUGUCAUAUACGUUUUUGUCCCACUGGAGCACCCAUCUUCUUCACUCCAUCGAUUGUUAUCUACCAUGAAGCUCUUUGGUCCGGAAUUUGGGGGGAAGCCUGCCAACCUUAGUUUUAUUUGAUAGGCAUUGUACCCAGAUGCGGUUGGGUAAAUAUUGGGAGGGAGGAGGGGGGAUUGCAGAGGUAUGCCCAGUCUCGUGCAAGGCAUGCAGGUUGGCGACUCCAAACAGGCGCCAGUUGGGCGUGAUAUGAUCAGCAUGCAGAUUUAUCGGUCCCGAUUACGUUUUACUGUAGCACAUCUCCAGACCAUCCAGAAUUCCACAAAUAGUUGCAGCUAAGUCAUAACCUCCCUUAUCUUGUCUCCUGCUAAUACUUUCACGAUUCUAUUGUAGUCCGUGUGGGUUAUAAUGACAUUAUGAAGGGCAGCUCUGAACAGUUGAAACUGGAUUUUAAAGAGCUGAUUGACUCUCUGUUAGACACAAACAAAAAACUGAUCAUAUCUGGCGCUGUGCCCUCUCUGAAUCGUGGAAUUGAACGCUUUAGCAGGAUUCUUUUUUUUUUUUUUUUCACCUUUAUUUAACCAGGUAAGCCAGUUGAGAACAGGUUCUCAUUUACAACUGCGACCUGGCCAAGAUAAAGCAAAGUAGUGCAAUAAAAACAACACAGAGUUACAUAUGGGGUAAAAAAAAAACAUAAAGUCAGAAAUACAACAGAAAAUAUAUAUACAGUGUGUGCAAAUGUAGCAAGUUAUGGAGGUAAGGCAAUAAAUAGGCUAUAGUGCAGAAUAAUUACAAUAGUAUUAACACUGGAAUGCUAGAUGUGCAAGAGAUUAUGUGCAAAUAGAGAUACUGGGGUGCAAAAGACUAAAAUAAAUAACAAUAUAGGGAUGAGGUAGUUGGGUGGGCUAAUUUCAGAUGGGCUGUGUACAGGUGCAGUGAUCGGUAAGGUGCUCUGACAACUGAUGCUUAAAGUUAUUGAGGGAGAUAAGAGUCUCCAGCUUCAGAGAUUUUUGCAAUUCGUUCCAGUCAUUGGCAGCAGAGAACUGGAAGGAAUGGCGGCCAAAGGAGGUGUUGGCUUUGGGAAUGACCAGAGAGAUAUACCUGCUGGAGCGCAGACUACGGGUGGGUGCUGCUAUGGUGACCAAUGAGCUAAGAUAAGGCGGGGAUUUGCCUAGCAGUGAUUUAUAGAUGGCCUGGAGCCAGUGGGUUUGACGACGAACAUGUAGUGAGGACCAGCCAACAAGAGCGUACAGGUCACAGUGGUGGGUAGUGUAUGGGGCUUUGGAGACAAAACGGAUGGCACUGUGAUAGACUACAUCCAAUUUGCUGAGUAGAGUGUUGGAGGCUAUUUUGUAAAUGACAUCGCCGAAGUCAAGGAUCGGUAGGAUAGUCAGUUUUACGAGGGCAUGUUUGGCAGCAUGAGUGAAGGAGGCUUUGUUGCGAAAUAGGAAGCCGAUUCUAGAUUUAACUUUGGAUUGGAGAUUCUUUAUGUGAGUCUGGAAGUUGAGUUUACAGUCUAACCAGACACCUAGAUAUUUGUAGUUGUCCACAUACUCUAGGUCAGACCCGUCGAGAGUGGUGAUUCUAGUCGGGUGGGCGGGUGCUAGCAGCGUUCGAUUGAAAAGCAUGCAUUUAGUUUUACUAGUGUUUAAGAGCAGUUGAAGGCUACUGAAGGAUUGUUGUAUGGCAUUGAAGCUCGUUUGGAGGUUUGUUAACACAGUGUCCAAUGAAGGGCCAGAUGUAUACAAAAUGGUGUCGUCUGCGUAGAGGUGGAUCUGAGAGUCACCAGCAGCAAGAGCGACAUCAUUGAUAUACACGGAGAAAAGUGUCGGCCCAAGAAUUGAACCCUGUGGCACCCCCAUAGAGACUGCCAUAGGUCCAGACAACAGGCCCUCCGAUUUGACACACUGAACUCUAUCUGAGAAGUAGUUGGUGAACCAGGCGAGGCAGUCAUUUGAGAAACCAAGGCUAUUUAGUCUGCCAAUAAGAAUGCGGAGGUUGACAGAGUCGAAAGCCUUGGCCAGGUCGAUGAAGACGGCUGCACAGUACUGUCUAUUAUCAAUCGCGGUUAUAAUAUCGUUUAGGACCUUGAGCGUGGCUGAAGUGCACCCGUGACCAGCUCGGAAACCGGAUUGCAUAGCGGAGAAGGUACGGUGGUAUUCGAAAUGGUCGAUGAUCUGUUUGUUAACUUGGCUUUCGAAUACUUUCGAAAGGCAGGGCAGGAUGGAUAUAGGUCUGUAGCAGUUUGGAUCUAGAGUGUCACCCCCUUUGAAGAGGGGGAUGACCGCGGCAGCUUUCCAAUCUCUGGGGAUCUCAGACGUUAUGAAAGAGAGGUUGAACAGACUAGUAAUAGGGGUUGCGACAAUUUCGGCGGCUAGUUUUAGAAAGAAAGGGUCCAGAUUGUCUAGCCCAGCUGAUUUGUAGGGGUCCAGAUUUUGCAGCGCUUUCAAAACAUCAGCUGUCUGAAUUUGUGUGAAGGAGAAGCGGGGGGGGGCAUGGGCAAGUUGCAGCAGAGGGUGCAGAGUUGGUGGCCGGGUUAGUGGUAGCCAGAUGGAAAGCAUGGCCAGCUGUAGCAAAAUGCUUGUUGAAAUUCUCGAUUAUUGUAGAUUUAUCGGUGGUGAUAGUGUUUCCUAGCCUCAGUGCAGUGGGCAGCUGGGAGGAAGUGCUCUUAUUCUCCAUGGACUGUACAGUGUCCCAAAACUUUUUGGAGUUAGUGCUACAGGAUGCAAAUUUCUGUUUGAAAAAGUUAGCCUUUGCUUUCCUGACUGCUUGUGUAUAUUGGUUCCUAACUUCCCUGAAAAGUUGCAUAUCGCGGGGGCUAUUUGAUGCUAAUGCUGUACGCCACAGGAUGUUUUUGUGCUGGUCAAGGGCAGUCAAGUCUGAGGAGAACCCAGGGGCUAUAUCGGUUCUUAGUUCUGUAUUUUUUGAAUGGGGCAUGUUUAUUUAAGAUUGAGAGGAAAUUACUUUUAAGGAACAACCAGGCAUCCUCUACUGACGGAAUGAGAUCUAUAUCCAUCCAGGAUACCUGGGCCAGGUCAAUUAGGAAGGCCUCCUCGCUAAAGUGUUUUAGGGAGCGUUUGACAGUGAUGAGGGGUGGUCGUUUGACCGCGGACCCGUUACGGACGCAGGCAAUAAGGCAGUGAUCGCUGAGAUCCUGGUUGAAGACAGCUGAGGUGUAUUUAGAGGGUAUGUUAGUCAGGAUGAUAUCUAUGAGGGUACCCAUGUUUACGGAUUUAGCGUUGUACCUGGUAGGUUCGUUGAUAAUUUGCGUGAGGUUGAGGGCAUCUAGCUUGGAUUGUAGGAUGGCUGGGGUAUUAAGCAUAUCCCAAUUUAGGUCACCAAGCAGUACAAACUCUGAGGAUAAAUGGGGGGCAAUCAAUUCACAUAUGGUGUCCAGGGCACAGCUGGGGGCUGAGGGGGGUCUGUAGCAAGCGGCAACAGUGAGAGACUUAUUUCUGGAAAGGUGGAUUUUUAGAAGUAGAAGCUCAAACUGUUUGGGCACAGACCUGGAUAGUAUGAUGGAGCUCUUCACAACUGGCUACGUGAUUAUUGCAGCUCAAUGGGUGUAACUUUUGUUGACAAUUUCGAUACCUUUUGGAAACAAAACACGUUUUAUAAGGAGGAUGGGAUCCACCCAAAUCAUUUGGGUUCCUGGAUCCUUUCACAACAUUAUAAUGCUGCAUUGAGACAAUGACUUAUCAACUUAUCAAUGACCCAAGCCCAGCUCAGCUAAUCCCUACCAUUGUGAUGCAGAGUUGUCAUAAUGCUUUAGCAAAUGUACAUUACACCAGGGGCGUCAGUAGACACAAUAUAAGUAACCUAAUUUAUGUCCCUCUAACUGCCCUGAAUGCCUCUGCUGAUCUUACAGCUAUUGUAUGCAGUAAUCAUGUGCCUAAGAACCAGAUUUAUACUGUUAGCACUGAGCCGGUGUGCCCUAGGAGGAAGUCCACUGUGUGCAGCUCACCCUGCACUAACAUGAAGAACAUGAGCACAUCUACUGCUGCUAAGCUUCCCAGUAAAGCAAGAAAAACAAGUAAGCAUCCCAGAAGAAAAGUGCUCAAAAUAGCCUACGUUAACAUAUGUACAGUGAGGGAAAAAGUAUUUAAUCCCCUGCUGAUUUUGUACUUUUUCCCACUGACAAAGACAUAAUCAGUCUAUAAUUUUAAUGGUAGGUUUAUUUGAACAGUGAGAGACAGAAUAACAACAACAAAAUCCAGAAAAACGCAUGUCAAAAAUGUUAUAAAUUGAUUUGCAUUUUAAUGAGGGAAAUAAAUAUUUGACCCCUCUGCAAAACAUGACUUAGUACUUGGUGGCAAAACCCUUGUUGGCAAUCACAGAGGUCAGACGUUUCUUGUAGUUGGCCACCAGGUUUGCACACAUCUCAGGAGGGAUUUUGUUCCACUCCUCUUUGCAGAUCUUCUCCAAGUCAUGAAGGUUUCGAGGCUGACGUUUGGCAACUCGAACCUUCAGCUCCCUCCACAGAUGUAUUAUUAUUAUUAUUAUUAUUUUCUAUGGGAUUAAGGUCUGGAGACUGGCAAGGCCACUCCAGGACCUUAAUGUGCUUCUUCUUGAGCCAGUCCUUUGUUGCCUUGGCCGUGUGUUUUGGGUCAUUGUCAUGCUGGAAUACCCAUCCACGACCCAUUUUCAAUGCCCUGGCUGAGGGAAGGAGGUUCUUGAGCAGGGGGACCUUGCGGGCGCUGCAGGAUUUCAGUCCUUCACGGCAUAGUGUGUUACCAAUUGUUUUCUUGGUGACUAUGGUCCCAGCUGCCUUGAGAUCAUUGACAAGAUCCUCCCGUGUAGUUCUGGGCUGAUUCCUCACCGUUCUCAUGAUCAUUGCAACUCCACGAGGUGAGAUCUUGCAUGGAGCCCCAGGCCGAGGGAGAUUGACAGAUCUUUUGUGUUUCUUCCAUUUGCGAAUAAUCGCACCAACUGUUGUCACCUUCUCACCAAGCUGCUUGGUGAUGGUCUUGUAGCCCAUUCCAGCCUUGUGUAGGUCUACAAUCUUGUCCCUGACAUCCUUGGAGAGUUCUUUGGUCUUGGCCAUGGUGGAGAGUUUGGAAUCUGAUUGAUUGAUUGCUUCUGUGGACAGGUGUCUUUUAUACAGGUAACAAGCUGAGAUUAGGAGCACUCCCUUUAAGAGUGUGCUCCUAAUCUCAGCUCGUUACCUGUAUAAAAUACACCUGGGAGCCAGAAAUCUUUCUGAUUGAGAGGGGGUCAAAUACUUAUUUCCCUCAUUAAAAUGCAAAUCAAUUUAUAACAUUUUUGACAUGCGUUUUUCUGGAUUUUGUUGUUGUUAUUCUGUCUCUCACUGUUCAAAUAAACCUACCAUUAAAAUUAUAGACUGAUCAUUUCUUUGUCAGUGGGCAAACGUACAAAAUCAGCAGGGGAUCAAAUACUAUUUUCCCUCACUGUAGAUUAAGAAACAAGGUUCAUGAAAUCAAUAAUUUGCUAGUAACAGAUGACAUUCAUAUUCUGACUAUCUCUGAAACUCACUUAGAUAAUACCUUUGAUGAUACAGUGGUAGCAAUACAAGGUUAUAACGUUUACAGAAAAUAUGGAAAUGCCAAUGGUGGAGGCGUUGCUGUUUAUAUUCAGAACCACAUUCCUGUGAAGAUUAGAGAGGAUCUCAUGUUAAAUACUGUUGAAGUAAUAUUGCUACAGGUUCAUCUGCCUCACCUAAAGCUCAUUCUGGUGGGAAGCUGCUAUAGACCACCAAGUAAUAACAGUCAGUAUCUGGAUAACAUGUGUGAAAUGCUUGAUAAUGUAUGUGAAAUCAAUAGAGAGGUAUACUUUCUGGGUUUUUUAAAUAUUGUCUGCCUUUCAUCAGGCUGCCCACUCAAGAGAAAGCUUAAAACUGUAACCAGUGCCUGCAACCUGGUUCAGGUUAUCAGUCAACCUACCAGGGUAGUUACAAACAGUACAGGAAUUAAAUCAUCAACAUGCAUUGAUCAUAUCUUUACUAAUGCUACAGAGAUUUGUUUGAAAGCAGUAUCCAAAUCCAUUGGAUGUAGUGAUCACAAUAUAGUAGCCAUAUCUAGGAAAACCAAAGUUCCAAAGGCUGGGCCUAAUAUUGUGUAUAAGAGGUCAUACAAUAGGUUUUGUACUGAUUCCUAUGUUGUUGAUGUAAAGAAUAUAUGUUGGUCCGUGGUGUGUAAUGAAGAGCAAACAGACACUGCACUUGACACAUUUAUGAAAUUGCUUAUUCCAGUUACUAAUUAGCAUGCACCCAGUACGAAAAUGACUGUAAAAACUGAUAAAUCCCCGUGGAUUGAUGAGGAAUUGAAAAAUGGUAUGGUUGAGAGGGAUGAGGCAAAAGGAAUGGCAAAAAAGUCUGGCAGCACAACCGAUUGGCAAACAUAUUGCAAAUUGAGAUAAUGUGACUAAACUGAAUAAAAAGAAGAAGAAACUACACUAUGAAACAAAGAUAAAUGACAUAAAGAAUGAUAGUAAAAAGCUUUGGAGCACCUUAAAUGAAAUUUUGGUAAAAAGGCAAACUCAGCUCCAUCAUUCAUUGAAUCAGAUGGCUCAUUCAUCACAAAACCAACUGAUAUUGCCAACUCCUUUAAUUAUUUUUUCAUUGGCAAGAUUAGCAAACUUAGGCAUGACAUGCCAGCAACAGUUGCUGACACUACACAUCCAAGUAUAUCUGACCAAAUUAUAAAAGACAAGCAUUGUAAUUUUGAAUUCCUUAAAGUGAGUGUGGAAGAGGUGAAAUUAUUAUUGUUGUCUAUCAACAAUGACAAGCCACCGGGGUCUGACAACUUGGAUGGAAAAUUACUGAGGAUAAUAGCGAACGAUAUUGCCACUCCUAUUUGCCAUAUUUUCAAUUUAAGCCUACUAGAAUGUUUGUGCCCCCAGGCUUGGAGGAAAGCAAAAGUAAUUCCGCUACCUAAGAAUAGUAAAGCCCCCUUUACUGGCUGAAAUAGCCGACCAAUUAGGCUGUUACAAACUGUUAGUAAACCAUUGGAAAAAAAUUUGUUUGACCAGAUACAAUGCUAUUUUACAGGAAACAAAUUGACAACAAACUUUCAGCAUGCUUAUAGAGAAGGACAUUCAACAAGCACUUAAACAAAUGACUGAUGAUUGGCUGAGAGAAAUUGAUGAUAAAAAGAUUGUGGGGGCUGUUUUGUUAGACUUCAGUGCGGCUUUUGACAUUAUCUGUCAUAGUCUGCUGCUGGAAAAACCUAUAUGUUAUGGCUUUACUCCGCCUGCUAUAUUGUGGAUACAGAGUUACCUGUCUAACAGAACACAGAGGGUGUUCUUUAAUGGAAGCCUCUUCAACAUAAUCGAGGUAGAAUCAGGAAUUCCCCAGGGCAGCUGUCUAGGCCCAUUACGUUUUUUCAAUCUUUACUAAUGACAUGCCACUGGCUUUGAGUAAAGCCAGAGUGUCUAUGUAUGCGGAUGACUCAACACUAUACAUGUCAGUUACUACAGCGACUGAAAUGACAGCAACACUUAAGAAAAAGUUGCAGUUAGUUUCAGAGUGGGUGUCAAGGAAUAAGUUAGUCCUAAAUAUUUCUAAAACUAAAAGCAUUUUGUUUGGGACAAAUCAUUCACUAAACCCUAAACCCUAAACCUCAACUAAAUCUUGUAAUAAAUAAUGUGGAAAUUGAGCAAGUUGAGGUGACUAAACUGCUUGGAGUAUCCCUGGAUUGUAAACUGUCAUGGUCAAAACAUAUUGAUACAACAGUAGCUAAGAUGGGGAGAAGUCUGUCCAUAAUAAAGUGCUGCUCUACCUUCUUAACAGCGCUAUCAACAAGGCAGGUCCUACAGGCCCUAGUUUUGUCACACCUGGACUACUGUUCAGUCGUGUGGUCAGGUGCCACAAAGAGGGACUUAGGAAAAUUGCAAUUGGCUCAGAACAGGGCAGCACGGCUGGCCCUUGGAUGUACACAGAGAGCUAAAAUUAAUAAUAUGCAUGUCAAUCUCUCCUGGCUCAAAGUGGAGGAGAGAUUGACUUCAUCACUGUUUGUAUUUAUGAGAGGUGUUGACAUGUUGAAUUCACUGAGCUGUCUGUUUGAACUACUGGCGCACAGCUCGGACGCCCAUGCAUACCCCACAAGACAUGAGGACACACCAAAGGUCUCUUCACAGUCCCCAAGUCCAAACAGACUAUGGGAUGCGCACAGUACUACAUAGAGCCAUGACUACAUGGAACUCUAUUCCACAUCAAGUAACUGAUGCAAGUAGUAAAAUUAGAUUUAAAAAACAAAUUAAAAAACACCUUAUGGAACAUUGGGGACUGUGAAGCAACACAAACAUAGGCACAGACACAUGCAUCCACACACACGAUAACAUACGCACUAUACACACACAUAUGUGGUAGUGGUGGAGUAGGGGCCUGAGGGCACACAGUGUGUUGUGAAAUCUGUGAAUGUAUUGUAAUGUUUUUAAAAUUGUAUGAACUGCCUUAAUUUUGCUGGACCCCAGGAAGAGUAGCUGCUGCCUUGGCAGCAGCUAAUGGGGAUCCAUAAUAAAUACAAAUACAAAUACAAAUGUGUCUGUCUCCUUCCUCUCAGAUCUCAACUCCCUGCUGCUCGGACACAGAUUGUUCCAUGAAAUGGACUCCAUCAGUGAGCUAGAUUUCCUCAGCCCCCUCCCAGAGCCCUCUGCCUCAGGUACACUACAAGCUGUUCCAAUUAAAUAUAUUUAGCAUUUCUAUGACCAAUGACCUUUGCAAUUUUCGCAGUGGUUUUUCCACAGCCAUUUUGCAUAAUAAACAACGUGCUUCCAUUAAUGUAAUUUACUUUGAUUUCCUCAGCAGCUGUGCUACCAUAUGUCUGUCUGUCUGUCUUCUUUCGGUGCAACACAGGGAGUUUGUUUGUUGACUGACAUGUGACUUAUAUGUAUGUCUCCUCUCUUCAGAGGUGUCCCUGAUGACCUGGUGGUUUACAUCCUGUGGGGCCAGUGGCCCCAGAGGCCCCACCCAGGCCCAGUGUGACAGCGCGUACCGCAACACCAACGUCAGUGUCACUGUGAGUAAGGACGGCCCGUUCAAAGGAGUGCAGAUCUGGAGGGUACCAGCCACCAACAGAUACAUGUGGGUGCAAGUUUUGAUAUGUUCUUCUAAUGUUGUAGAAACAUGAACGCCACAGACAACAACUGUUUUUGCAAUCGGAACACUUUUGCACUAGACUAAACCAUAGGGUAGAGAUGCUUGAAACAAGCCCCUUGACCAAUGAUUGCAUCUGUACAUCAAUAUUGACAGCUGGCAGCACAACCUGAGAAAUCAGUCAACUGAUUAAAUACAGGUUAAAUACUACUCUGUAUCAACUUCAUGUCACGUAUCUGCUAGACCGAUCAAUAUAGGCAAGUCUCUGGAGUAUCAAGAUUGAUUUCCACAUCAUCCAGGUUAGGGGAGGGAGAGUAUGACGUGGGCUCAGCCCCUGCCUGCCUUCCUGCACUGUGUGUGUGUGUGAGUAAGACUGGGGCAGAGUAAGAAGCGUGACUCACUGGAUGGAGACUUAGAUUAGUCUAUCUGUGCUCACUCUCUCUCGCCCUAAUCUGGCCCCUACCAAGGUUCCAUGUAGAACCAUUUCCACAGAGUGUUCUACAUGGAAAUCAAAAAGGGUUCUACCUGAAACCAAAAAGGGUUCUACCUGGAGCCAAAAAGGGUUAUUCUAUGGGGACAGCCGCGUAGUCUGGGGGCUCAGCUGAGCUCUGAUUACAGUAAAACUACAGCUAUGUCAAUAUUAACCAUGAUUUGAGCUGAUGAAACAAGUUAGUGUUCAUCUGUCAGGCACAGCCUUGACUUUGCCGCUGUUACAGCCUGAUCCGAAGUGCUGUGAAACUUCUGAUCCACUAUAGAGACCAAAACCGGCUUGACUUCUUUGCCUCCUUUCUGCAAUGUUCACUCCGUCUAUUAGUUGAGUAGCCACUGUUAUAAGGUCACCCAAGCCCCAAGCACCAAACAUGGCCUUCAGUGGUCUCAUCAUGUGUUUACUGCAUAGAAAUAGAAUGAAUAUAAUGGGCUUGUAAGCUCUAACCCUGGCAAUCUGACUGGUAAACUUGUAGGUACACUCGCAAUUGCUGCCUGAUAUUGUGAUGCAAUAAUUUCUAUGGUAUUUUGGAAUGUUCUAUCAACUGAUGCUGGAAUGCCAUGGUAAUGUAGCAUGUUCAUUUCAAAUGAUGCUAACUUAUUUGGCUCGUACAAUGGAAUGUAUUUUUUGUAAUGUCAGUUGAGUUGAUUCAACAAAUCACAGCACAUAUUGAAGGGUACACUUCCUGCUUUUACUUCCUGGCAUAGGUGCACUCAAAAUUGCUGCCAGUCCACCCAUUAUGCCAUCAUUGACUUGAAUAAAGACACACUUUCUAUUCAUUCCAUUUCUAUGGUUUACUGUGCCCUCCUUAGGAUCUCAGCCUAUGGAGCAGCAGGUGGCAAAGGAGCAAAGAACCACAACAAGCGCUCCCACGGGGUCUUCAUCUCAGCCAUCUUCACUCUUGAGAAGGGAGACACCCUGUAUAUACUGGUGGGACAUCAGGGGGAGGAUGCCUGUCCAGGAGUGAGUCGUAGAGGGGAGAGUUAGGCUACCUCGGGUGACAUUAUGGGUGGAUAAACGGUCACACUUUAUUUGGAUAGUCCGGAUUUUCCAUUUGUAGAUGCUCUACAUAUGGCCGUACUAUCAACAGAUAUCUGUUGAUAAGUAACUGAUUGCUAAGGUUACGGUUAGGGUUAGAGUUAGGUUAAGAAUAAGGGUUAGGAUAAGGGUUAAAGUUAGGGCUAUGGUUAGGGUUAAGUUUAGGGUUAGAAUAAUGGUUAAGGUUAGGGUAAGAGCUAUGGUUAGGGUUAUUAGAUAGUUAGUUGAAAUGUUACUGAUAUCCAAAUAAAGUGUUACCGGAUAACCUGCUGUUCAAAUAUGUCCGACUCAUUUUAGUGAGCGUUAACUUUCCUUUCAACUUUCUGCUAUCUCUGGUGCCAUCCUGAAAGUCUUUACCUCCUGAUGGUAUGAAAGGAACAUCUCAGACUUGCAGCCACUCUCUCUCUGAUCUAACCGCAUCCAAUUGUUCUCUGUAGAGAAAUCCCCUGACACAGAAGAUCUGCCUGGGGGAAUCCUCGGUGAUAGAAGAUGAGUUCACUGGUGAAGAGUGGGCAGGAGGAGGAGGGGGAGGCGGAGGAGCCACCUAUAUCUACAAGGUAAGAGACCAUCCUCUUUACCUAACUUGAGUCAACUGUUCUCUGCCUUUAUCUCAUCUCCACAAAAUGAAAGCCAUGAUGGUGUCCAUCAGAAGCACAUGUAGCUGUUAGAUAUUACAUUUUAGUCAUUUAGCAGACGCUCUUAUCCAGAGCGACUUACAGUUAGUGAGUGCAUACAUUUUUCAUACUGGCCCCCCGUGGGAAUCGAACCCACAACCCUGGCGUUGCAAUCGCCAUGCUCUACCAACUGAGCUACACGGGACCCACAGGUUAGUUAUGAACCGAUUGAUAAGCUUAGAAGAACUUCUGAAGCCAUUCUAAAAUAUAAUUUAUCAUGGUAUUUAUCUACAGAUGUAGUGUUACAAGCAGUAGAGGUCAGAUGUUAUGUUAACUGGUUUGUACAAGAGCCCUUUAACCUAGAAGUUUUAUCUCUUUGAAAUGCUGGAUUGGCCCCUAAGCUGCAUUAUGGACUAUGACAGAGGGUAGAGUGGUACUCUUAAAAGCAAAUUGCAGUCAGAAAAUGUGAUUUUCCUGUGUUUUAUAUAUAUUUCCACACUAUGAGGUUGGAAUAAUACUGUGAAAUUGUGAAAAUUAUGAUAAUGCCCAAUAAGGGCUCUAUUUCUGGCUGGCGUUAAGGCGGCACUAGUGUCAAAUGCACAAUAGUUUGCAUUUUCCAGCCCUAACACCAGGUUUACCUGUCUAAUAUCAGCUCGCUUGCGCUCAGAUAGGCGGGGUGGAAAUAUUUAAGGUGUGUCCUUAAAAACAUAAUCCAAACUGCUAAUUUCAGGCAGCGCUGAUAGGGAUAUUUAAGACCAACCAAAAGCUGGUUUUAGCGGUACCGCAGUUGGUUAUGGCAUGAAUUCUGACAGCGGAACCGCAGUCUGUCCAUCCGUGAAGCACACUGCCCAUGUGCGCAUGGAACAUGGGUAGCCUAAUGUGCUUUUGGUGCCUGUAUACUUCGUAUUUAGAAACAUUUAAUUAAAAACCAAGCUUUGUCUGCCCAAUGCAAAGUAGUCAAGACUGUCGAUAAAGGGUUUGGCUCCUGAGACCGCUUGGAAAUAAAUCUUAAUCACCAAAGCUUUAUUAAAAUAUCUAGUUUGAGAGGAGUAAAACAGUGAGCUGAUAUUCCCUUUUUAUCUAUGCAUUGUAAGCAGGCCCACAUUAUUUGAGCCAUGCUGGUCCCGUUUUGGACAUGCGUAAAACCCCCUCCAUGAUGUAGGCUACGUGUCCAUGCCCAUCCUGAAACGAGAGAUGAGAACCUUGGUGAAUAAUGUUGAACCUCGUAUUUAGAAGUUAUCUGUAACCGGUAAAAAUGUCUUGUUUUCCGUUUCAUAUGUUCAAAACCCAAGCCUUCCAUUAGGCCUACUAUAACGAAGGCUGGUUCAACAGCAAUCUGUCUUUUUUAUCCUAGAGAUUUUAUGACAUCAUUACAUUUGACAUUUAUUUAUUGUUGUUGUAAAAAAACAACAGAUUGCUUGUUUUUUAUUUUAUUUUAUUACAACCAAACUUAUUAGAAUGAUUCACCUUCCUGGUUUUCUGGUGACAACGUAAGUGGCACGCUUGUAAUGUAACUUCUGGAGAUGUGUGAAUGCGAUCUGAUCUGUAAGAGGGUUCCGAUUAUGUUCAUAAAACAUAGGCCUAUUUGGGAGCAGUAUAACGGUGAGUGGACAUUCACCCUUUCUAUUUAUAUGGGAUCUUUGCCCAGCUACUGUGAAAAGUUUGGAUGUGCGUAAAACCCUCCAUAGUCUGCAUUGUUCUAAUAUUAAAACAAGUUGUUGUUUUGAGAAUUUGAUUCUAAUUAUUCAUUCUCUUUUUAGGCCUUAUCAAUAAUAAAUGUAAUCUUGCUUAUUGACAAUGUUUGGCAUGUCAAUGCUCAGCCAUAAUUACAGUAGGCCUAGCCCCUACAUCAGUGUGAAUGCUAUUGAAGCCGUGCAAUUACUUAGAACAAUAUGGACUGCAAAUGGGUUCAAGUUAACGUAUUUAGCAAAGAUAGGUCUACAUUUAGUUAUUUCGUUUCUGUAAGCCAUUUAACAAACUAUAAUGGACUAACAUUGGAACUGGAGUUGAUACCAAGGCAGUACAUAAAAGACCGUAAAUACACAACUUGAAGCAACCACAUACAGUAUUUCGCCAUGGAGCACGUCUGAUUGGCCAGUGAGGGGCCAAGCCUAGACACACCCACAACUUGUUUAUUCAUCAAAACCCAGCCCUUUCGCGCCAACGCCAGCAAGUGCGCCGAUAAUUGUGUAAAAUAGCAAAAAUAUUUCUGACACACCCAUUAACCUAUAGCGCUACUGCCUGCGCUUAGAUUGACCAUUGCAUUAGGUUUGUUAAAAUAAAGCCCUUAGUGUAAGAGCUUUUUGAAAAGACCGCCUGAAGUUUCAGCCUGUUUUAAAUAAUAUGCCAUUUAGCAGACACUUUUAUCCAAAGCGACUUACAGUCGUGCGUGCAUACAUUUUUGUGUAUGGGUGGUCCCGGGGAUCGAACCCACUACCUUGGCGUUAUAAGCGCCGUGCUCUACCAGCUGAGCUACAGAGUUUUGGCUCGCCUGGUGACAUCACCAGCGAUAAAUUACAGUUCCAAUCCUCUCUGCCAAUAACAGGUAAUUUUCAGUUUUCACCUCCCCGCUCAGACCAUUCCCAGACAGUCCUAGCAAAUUUCUUGCUUGAGAAAAUGCUCUUUACUAAGAAGCUUUAUUUUUUAUUUUUUUACCAUUUUAAUUGAAAACAAUCACAGUAAGGUUUAAUUGUUACCCAUAAAUAAUUUGAUAUUGAGAUAAAAAUGACUGCAUUGGACCUUUUAAGCUGCUAUUGUGUUUGACUGUGCCCCCUGCCAGAUGGAGGGUGGGGUGCUGGUGCCUCUACUGAUAGCGGCUGGUGGUGGAGGGAAGGCCUACCUAGAGGACCCAGAGAGCAGCCUGGACCAGAUCCCUCUGGAGCAGUAUGAGAACGACACAGUGGCCUCCAGCUCCAAUGGCAAGACUGGAGCAGCAGGUUGGUCGGGUUGCCCCAUCACUUCACCCCCUCCAAUUUUCCCUUCCCUCUGAGAUUAUCUUCACAGAGCUAGCUAUCUGCUUCUUGAAAACACAUGGCUUUCAUUUCUCUGACUGCUAAAGCUCCUACUUGAGCGUCUUCAGUAGAACGUGUCAGAGAAAGGGCAGGAGUGCAUGUGUUUGUAUCAAGCUGGCCCUGACCCCUGGUUAUCCUAUGGGUCCGCUCAUAAUCUUGGUUGCAGCCUUUUGACUUAUGCAACUAUUGAAAAGGGAGAAAAUACAUACUGUAUAUGGCAGUACUGUAUUAAUGUACUUGGAAAAGAUUAAUGGAACAAUUCCAGUAAAUCCUCCUUGACCAGCAGGGUCUUGUGGAGCAAUUAUCGGAACAUCUUAUGCAAACAUCAAUGGAAGAAGUGUUUAGAGAGCGUGAUGGCUAAAUGAGGUGUGUGUGUGUGUGCUGCAGGGGGAGGUGGAGGCUGGAAGGACUCGUCCAGCCAGCUGUGGGCUGGGAAGUCUCUCCUGGAGGGGGCCGAGGGGGGUUCUUCCUGCCCCCAAGCCUUAUCCAAACUGUCCUGGGCCACCUUCGGGGGGUUCGGAGGGGGAGGGGGAGCCUGCACUGCUGGAGGAGGAGGAGGUGGAUACAGAGGUAAUCUAACACAUACACAUAAUAAUAUUUACUGCUUUCCUAUGUGCCAUACUGUACUGUUAGGGGUGUUAUUAUAGUAUUUAAGAUCCUCCCUCUGUAGCCUCCUGCUCUUUUCUAGCUGGGAUGAAUCGGACAAAUACAUUUAUGCUGGAGAAUUUCCAUUGGCCCCAAGGAAAGGGGCAGGCUGAUAACAUUCACUGCUUUUCUGUCUUUAUCUGGUAUAAUUUAAAAGUCGUGGAUUGGUGACAGAAUAAACAUCCCUCUCUGAAUGUUGUGAUAUUAUGAGACAGAUUAAACCCAUACUGAGAUCAUGAAAGAUCCUGUUCUUUGUUUUGGCUGGGGAAGAAAGUUCUACUUAAUUGACUGAUAAGAUUGGAGGUCCAUUUGGCUCCUCUGCAAAACAUGGCACACACUGAGAGGAGAUAUGCACAGAUUGAGAAACAUUCGAUUUCUUUCAGCAUCGUUAAUAUACCACACAUACCACACAUACUCGCUACACCCACAAUAACAUCUGCUAAACAUGUGUAUGUGACAAAUACAAUUUGAUUUGAUUUGAUACCCAAAUCAAAUCAAAUCAAAUCAAAUGUUAUUGGCCACAUGCACCGAAUACAACAGGUGUAGACAUUACCGUGAAAUGCUUACUUACAGCCCUUAACCAACAAUGCAUUUAUUUUUUAAUAAAAAAAGUAAAAUAAAACAACAACAAAAAAGUGUUGAGAAAAAAAGAGCAGAAGUAAAAUAAAAUAACAGUAGGGAGGCUAUAUAUACAGGGGGGUACCGGUGCAGAGUCAAUGUGCGGGGAUCACCGGCUAGUUGAGGUAGUUGAGGUAAUAUGUACAUGUGGGUAGAGUUAAAGUGACUUUGCAUAAAUAAUUAACAGAGUAGCAGCAGCGUAAAAAGAUGGGGUGGGGGUGGGGGGGCAGUGCAAAUAGUUUGGGUAGCCAUGAUUAGCUGUUCAGGAGUCUUAUGGCUUGGGGGUAGAAGCUGUUGAGAAGUCUUUUGGACCUAGACUUGGCACUCCGGUACCGCUUGCCGUGCGGUAGCAGAGAGAACAAUCUAUGACUAGGGUGGCUGGAGUCUUUGACAAUUUUGAGGGCCUUCCUCUGACACCGCCUGGUAUAGAGGUCCUGGAUGGCAGGAAGCUUGGCCCCAGUGAUGUACUGGGCCGUACGCACUACCCUCUGUAGUGCCUUGCGGUCGGAAGCCGAGCAGUUGCCAUACCAGGCGGUGAUGCAACCAGUCAGGAUGCUCUCGAUGGUGCAGCCUCAGAAUCUUUUGAGAUUCUGAGGACCCAUGCCAAAUCUUUUCAGUCUCCUGAGGGGGAAUAGGCUUUGUCGUGCCCUCUUUACGACUGUCUUGGUGUGUUUGGACCAUGAUAGUUCGUUGGUGAUGUGGACACCAAGGAACUUGAAGCUCUCAACCUGUUCCACUACAGCCCCGUCGAUGAGAAUGGGGGCGUGCUCAUUCCUCUUUUUUUUCCUGUAGUCCACAAUCAUCUCCUUUGUCUUGGUCACGUUGAGGGAGAGGUUGUUAUCCUGGCACCACACAGCCAGGUCUCUGACCUCCUCCCUAUAGGCUGUCUCAUCGUUAUCGGUGAUCAGGCCUACCACUGUUUUGUAGUCGGCAAACUUAAUGAUGGUGUUGGAAUCGUGCCUGACCAUGCAGUCAUGGGUGAACAGGGAGUAAAGGAGGGGACUUGAGCACGCACCCCUGAGGGGCCCCCGUGUUGAGGAUCAGUGUGGCAGAUGUGUUGUUACCUACCCUUACCACCUGAGGGCGGCCCGUCAGGAAGUCCAGGAUCCAGUUGCAGAGGGAGGUGUUUAGUCCCAGGAUCCUUAGCUUAGUGAUGAGCUUUGUGGGCACUAUGGUGUUGAAUGCUGAGCUGUAGUCAAUGAAUAGCAUUCUCACGUAGGUGUUCCUCUUGUCCAGGUGGGAAAGGGCAGUGUGGAGUGCAAUAGAGAUUGCAUCAUCUGUGGAUCUGUUGGGGCGGUAUGCAAAUUGGAGUGGGUCUAGGGUUUCUGGGAUAAUGGUGUUGAUGUGAGCCAUGACCAGCCUUUCAAAGCACUUCAUGGCUACAGACGUCAGUGCUACGGGUCGGUAGUCAUUUAGGCAGGUUAUCUUAGUGUCCUUGGGCACGGAGACUAUGGUGGUCUGCUUGAAACAUGUUGGUAUUACAGACUCAGUCAGGGACAUGUUGAAAAUGUCAGUGAAGACACUUGCCAGUUGGUCAGCACAUGCUCAGAGUACAUGUCCUGGUAAUCCGUCUGGCCCUGCGGCCUUGUGAAUGUUGACCUGCUUAAAAGUCUUACUCACAUUGGCUACGGAGAUCACAUAGUCAUCCGUAACAGCUGGUGCUCUCAUGCAUGCUUCAGUGUUGCUUGCCUCGAAGUGAGCAUAGAAGUGGUUUAGCUCGUCUGGAAGUCUUGUGUCACUGGGUAGCUCGCGGCUGUGCUUCCCUUUGUAGUCUGUAAUAGUUUUCAAGCCCUGCCACAUCCGACGAGCGUCAGAGCCGGUGUAGUACAAUUCACAGUACUGACUCUUUGCCUGUUUGAUGGUUCGUCGGAGGGCAUUUCUUAUAAGCGUCCGGGUUAGAGUCCCGCUCCUUGAAAGUGGCAGCUCUACCCUUUAGCUCAGUGCAGAUGUUGCCUGUAAUCCAUGGCUUCUGGUUGGGGUAUGUACGUACGGUCACUGUGGGGACGACGUCAUCGAUGCACUUAUUGAUGAAGCCAGUGACUGAUGUGGUGUACCCCUCAAUGCUAUCUGAAGAAUCCCGGAACAUGUUCCAGUCUGUGCUAGCAAAACAGUCCUUGUAGCUUAGCAUCUGCGUCAUCUGACCACUUUUUUAUUAACCGAGUCACUGGUGCUUCCUGCUUUAGUUUUUGCUUAUAAGCAGGAAUCAGGAGGAUAGAGUUAUGGUCAGAUUUGCCAAAUGGAGGGCGAGGGAGAGCUUUGUAUGCGUCUCUGUGUGUGGAGUAAAGGUGGUCUAGAGUUUUUUUUCUUCUGGUUGCACAUUUAACAUGCUGGUAGAAAUUAGGUAGAACUGAUUUAAGUUUCCCUGCAUUAAAGUCCCCGGCCACUAGGAGCGCUGCCUCUGGAUGAGCGUUUUCCUGUUCACUUAUGGCCUUAUACAGCUCAUUCAGUGCAAUCUUAAUACCAGCAUUGGUUUGUGGUGGUAAAUAGACAGCUAUGAAAAAUAUAGAUGAAAACUCUCUUGGUAAAUAGUGUGGUCUACAGCUUAUCAUAAGAUACUCUACCUCAGGCGAGCAAAACCUCAAGACUUCCUUAGUAUUUGAUUUUGUGCACCAGCUGUUGUUUACAAAUAUACACAGACCGCCACCCCUUGUCUUACCGGAGUCAGCCGUUCUAUCCUGCCGAUAUAGCGUAUAGCCCGCUAGCUGUUUGUUGUCCAUGUCGUCAUUCAGCCACGACUCGGUGAAACAUCAUAUAUUACAGUUUUUAAUGUCCCGUUGGUAGGAUAACCGUAAUCUUAGGUCAUCUAAUUUAUUUUCAAAUGAUUGAACAUUGGCUAAUAGGAAUGAUGGAAGAGGCAGUUUACUCGCUCGCCGUCGGAUCCUUACAAGGCACCCCGACCUACGUCCACGAUAUCUCCGUCUCUUUCUCAUGCGAAUGACGGGGAUUUGGGCCUUGUCGGGUGUCUGUAGGAUAUCCUUUGCGUCCGACUUGUUGAAGAAAAAAUCUUUGUCCAAUACGAGGUGAGUAAUGGCUGUCCUGAUACCCAGAAGCUCUUUUUGGUUAUAAGAGACGAUGGCAGAAACAUUAUGUACAGAAUAAAUUACAAAUAACGCGGAAAAACACACAUAAUAGUACAAUUGGUUAGAGGGCUGUAAAACGGCAGCCAUCUUCUCUGGCGCCAUUCUAUAUUCAGACCUUCUUUGUUCAAAAUAAAGAUUGGCAAUUAUAAUGUGAGCAUAUGUUAUGCAAGCAAUAAUAAACCAUUGUUAUUAUUAGCUCAAACAUAGACUUUUAGAGCAUCAAUCUCUUUGAAAUCUCUCUGCAUGCAUUUAUCUUUGAUAUCGUGUUUAAUCUAAAUCAAGGUGGCGAUGCAGCACUGACUGAUGAUAUCACAGCGGGCGGUCAGGAUGGCAUCUCCUUUGUUAAUCCCAUGGGGGAGAUAUUUCUCCAGCCGCUGGCAGGUAAGGCUUUCUCCUCCUACAUCAGUGUCACUGGGGGCCAGGAGAGAGGAGAGAGGAGGGAGAGAGCAGAGAGAGAGCCCAGGCCGUAACACAGAGGUCUGUGUCUCUCUACCACCUGACUCUAAUUCAGUGGGAGAAGAAGGGAUGGGCUCCUCAGGCCUCAGACACUCGUUAACUAAUUCAGGGCCUCACGGAUCCUGUUGAUCCUGGUGCCAUGCUGUCUGCUCUUUUUUUGCUGAUGUAGAGGAACAGACAGCCCCUCAAUUCUUUACGGCACGACAAUGUCAUUUGUGUCCAAAGCAUGUGCCGCCAGUGCAGCCCGGAAUACAAAGCAGUCCUCUGUGUAGUGACAGACAUGAGAAAGACACAAACUAAAACAGAUCAACUGACCCAUGGCCAUGCACUUCACAGUGAAACCAUGAUUUGUUUAAGAAUUGAACUCCAGUGUUUGACAAUGUUAUGAAGAAGAGAAAUAACUCUGAUUGCGAAACAUCUUCUCUUUUUAGUCAUAGAUAUUGCUAAGUUGACCACUGCUUGUGCUACAGCAUUCUUAUUGUGAGAUUCAUGUGGUGAUGUAACUUCCUCUGUCAUCCUCUCCACUCAGCCAUGGAGAGCCAUGGAGAAUGUGAGAUCAAGGUGCAGCUCAACUGCAGUCACUGCCAGACCCAGAGCUGCAAACGGGACGAGGACACUCAACUCAUCAUCUGCCUCUGUCACAACGAGGAGGUGCUAGCCAGUGACAACGUCACCUGCACAGGUAACAGUCAAGGAAAAACCCAAAUUUACUAGAUGUGUUUUGGGAUCAUGAAUGCAAAAUAAACAAUUCUGUCCUUGAGAAUUUCACAGAUCUGCCACUGUGUUUCUCAUUAAAUGGUACUCUCAUAAAAGGAGAGAAAUGGAAUGGAAGGAACUACCUCUCUAGUAAUCCCAUUGUAUUUGAUACAUUGUUAUGAUCUGAGUGGUUCUCCAUCUUCCCCUGCUUAACCCUGACCUCUGACCCCCCCCCCCCCCAGCAGCCCCUCAGGGCCUCGCUCCAGAAGGCCAGCUGUCCCUGUCCCUCAUCCUGGCCGUGGUGGCAUCCACCGUGGUGACGGUCAUCAUCCUGACCUGCGCCAGCCUCACCCUCAGUAAGAGACUCUUCCAGUUCUGUGUUGACUCUGUGCCCUCCACCUUUCACCGUCUGUGAGCUGUGAGCUUCUCUCCAUGCCAAUGAUACUGUAUUUAACUUUCAGACAAUGAAAGCAUCAUGAAAAGGCAGGAGCUUGGCAUUUUAAACCAAGCUGUGGUUUAAUGUUUUCUCUUUGAGGGAAAUGUGUUGGAUGAGAGUGAAUGGCGGAAGUCCAUGAUUCAACACUGCAGUUAAAAGCCAUGAAGAUAUUUGUAGAAAAUAGUACAAAAGGUGGCCUUUUAGGAAUUGUUGCUUAUAUCCUCUUUUGGGAAAUCCCCAUUGACAAAAAUGGGUUUGUCUUGUCAGCCCUUGGGCAUUAUAUUUCUUCCAGAUAUCAAGCCUGGUAGAGACUAUACUAAACUGAUUUUAACUGAGAUACACAUACUUUUGGUGGGCGUAAGGGAUUACAGUGAGCUUAACCACCUUUCACUCUUGCACUUUAUUUCAGACCACAAAAUCUAAGACGUUUCUGUCAGAGUGAAGGGGUUGGCUAAGUAUUCAUUUAGUUGUCUGGCACAUUGGGAUUGAUGGUCCCAAGUAUGUGCAAUAACAUAUACUGUUUAUCUAUUCAUGCUUAAAAAUGCACAUUGGACAAAUUUCCACACCAGUAACAAUUCUUACCCUCUAUACUUGUUUUAUAAUCACAUGGGUUUAUUUUAAUUCAAGGUGAAACAUGGUUUAAUCGCUUAAUGCUAAUGAUUGCACAAUACACCUGCUAAAAGGAAUGAUUAGGGAAUUAGGGAAAUUACUGCUAUUAACCUUUAAAUUGUACCUUUGAUUAUUCUGCUUUGGAAACAUUGAGGAGUCAAAGAGAGAAUAAUAAUCUAUUAUACUAAUAUUAGUGUCUAACCUCAUCUUGCCAAUUGGUGAUCAAUGAUCAAUAUCAUAAUGAAUGCUGCUACUGUGUUAUAUGUGUACUUUAUGUGUGCUCAUGCUCCAAAAAUGUACCAAUUGUCUUAUUAAUUUUUGGGCCAGAAAUGUAGGACAGUGAGGGAUUAUUUUAUGUUUCUCUUUGCACUGUUCCCUUUUUGAUGACCGUGUGCUGCAAUAAGAGGGGAUGGGAAUUCUGGCAGUGUAGCACUCUUACUUUCCUGCCAGUGCUGAUUAAGGAGUGUCUAACCAUGGAGUGUCUUACCAUGACAGAAUGUUACUUAAGCUUUAAAAGCACUGUGGUAGUGACUCAUCACUUUGCAUAGGCCCGUCGGGAUCCAAGCAUUACUGCCUUACUGUGAAAUGAUCUACUCUAAUCCCCUAUACUCCUCUCAUAUGGUGUACAUCGCUCAACUGUGGAGGAGUUAAUACUAACAACAAUUAAAAUACAGUGUCAGGAUAUUAACGGUUAACUACAUGUGAUAGAUAACUUUUGUCCAUGAAGGCAACAAACAUCCCACUGGGCACAGACGUCAAUUCAACAUCUAUUCCACGUUGAUUCAACCAGUGUGUGCACAGUGGGAUGGUAUAACACUUCACUCCACGGUGAAGCUUUGGUGAUGUCAGACAAACUGACAUCACCAAAUAUCAACCUUCCCUCUAUGUCAGUAUGAGAUCCUCAUAUUUAGAGUUUGACUUGUGCACUAACUGUAACACACUGUGCCAUGACUGAAGUGUAACUGUACUUUUUUCCAUUGCUAAAUAAAUAAAACCUGUCAUUAACACAAAGCUUCACUGUGGAGUGAAAGUCCCUUUGCGUAAGACCACAGAACUUUCCAAUAAGCCUCAGAGGAAGUGAUAUCAGAGCUGCUUCCUGUCUCCAGCACUGUCAAUUCAAAAGGCAUACUGUACAGUAUCAGUAUAUAGUUUCACUAUAUCCUUAACACACAACAUGCAUAACACACACAACACAACACACACACAACUCAACUCAACCCAACCCAAAAGCCAGAUGGUCAUGCAGCCCCACUGUGGCCCAUGGUGAGGUCCCUUCCAGGUGGAGACAGACCUCAGACAGUUAACGUUGUCUCUUCACCUGAGCUCUCCCCCAUGUAGGUUGGUAGUCUGUCCACGGCCCCCCCACUCCUCCCCCCGAGCGUCGCGUCUGUCUGCAUCUGCAGCUCGACGUCACGGCAGAGGGCACCUCUCACCGCCACGCAUCGCCCCCCAGGGCCCCCACCCAGCCCCCCAGGCAGACUACCAACCUGCAUCGGGGCCGCGGGCCGCCUCCACGGAGGGUGAGUCCUCGGUCCUCAACUCACAGACUCACAGCUAGUCACUGACUGGACCAGGGGCAGAGGCCAGAGUUUAGAGGACAGACAGACAUCAGGGUAGUGUGUCUGAUGCAGGGCUAGUGUGUUGUUAUGUCUCUGAUAGGUACAGUAUAGCAACAGUUUGAAGCAGAGGGCUGUAUGACGGUAACCAACACUGUCUUCCUGGUCUCUCUCUCUCCUACAGUAUACUACCGUAAGAAGAACCAUCUGCACGCGGUCAGGCUGCGUCUCCAGAGCCCAGAGUACAAGCUGAGUAAGAUCCGGUCAUCCACCAUCAUGACAGACUACAACCCAAACUACUGCUUCGCUGGCAAGGCUGCUUCGCUGAGUGAGCUGAAUGAAGUACCACGCAAGAACAUCACCCUCUUCAGGUAGUCCACACAUACAGUACAGCUGACUGAGCACUGAGCUAUAAGCUAUAAUGUGCAUUACAUGAUGGAGUGAAGCUCUGGAGUGAAGCUCUUUGUCACCUGUCUGGCUUGGUGUGUGUUUGCAGGGCAUUGGGCCAUGGAGCGUUUGGGGAGGUGUAUGAAGGCCAGGUUCUGGGGAUGAAUGGAGAGAACACAGUCAUGCAAGUGGCUAUAAAGGUCAGUUCCUCUAACUUCGGCUCCAUAGCUCCUCCAUGACUAAGAAUACAUCAGCACAGAACAGUUGAAAUUAUAUAAUUCCUCUUGGGCAUUGCAUAUGCAUGAAUAGCCAAAACCCAGGAGUAGUAAGAAGAUGUUUAAUAUUGAUAACCUUUUGACUAAAAUGCUAAGAGUAACUAAGAGUAUUCCUCCUCUACGGCAGUUUCUCUCUACUUUUCCUUCAUUAUAUGCACUGCUGGUCUGGUGUAUUUACACCUGCCUUAAGAAAGGCUCUGGCUGGGAUGUGGACAAAAAAGGUUGCCUGUUUGCCUCUGUGUUGUAAGUAACAGUGACGUACAGACCUAUAACCUAACAAAGAAGAUCAUGCUGGUAACCUUUAAAAAGACUCCAACACUGAUCUAAAGGUCAUUCUGUGUUUCGCUGUGACACGACAUGUCUGUUUGUAUCACUUCUGCUUGGAAAAAUGCAGGAUGCAACUCAAACAAUGACUGAUUACAUUAUAAUCUAAGAGUAGGUUUAAAAUGUAACAUCAUUGCAUCAUACAUACUGUAGACGUCAACAUUGUACAGAACAUAAUUCAUUAAUUUAGUAAUUCUGCUACAUAUAUUAAUUCAUUCAUAGAUUUUCCUAGAAAACCUGGUAUGAAAAUCAACUGUAAUUUCCUUGGGUGAAUCAGCUGAUGAGUGCAUGCCAUGGGGUGUCUCUCUCUCUGUAUGUGUUCUGUUCUGAAUAGGGCCUGACUGGCCUGACUGCCUGUUGGUAACUUUCUGCUCCACAGACUCUUCCGGAGAUCUGCUCCGAACAGGACGAGAUGGAUUUCCUGAUGGAGGCCCUGAUUAUGAGGUGCACUAGGCUGGAACACACAGGGCCUCAUCUACUUCCUCUCUCUCUCUCUCUCUCUCUCUCUCUCUCUCUCUCUCUCUCUCUCUCUCUCUCUCUCUCUCUCUCUCUCUCACACACACACACACACACACACACACACACACACACACACACACACACACACACACACACACACAGUAACAUAGUGUAAUGUGUGAGGCAGGCAGACGAGACCCAAACACUGUCAUACUAUCACUUAGCGCUCUGCAUUGUAAUCUGCUGCUAUGUUUCAUUCGCUGCUUUUUUGUAACCAGCUCCCCAGCUGUUGUUAAUCAUAGUGAGUCAGGUAAUUCAUCGCCAUCGAGGAAACAGCAGCUGGUUGCCAGAAGAAAUCUGUCUCGCCUCCAAAUGGUGUUCUGCUGAAAGCAUUAGAAAGAAUCUUUGUCGAGCAGAUGCUGUCGGGCUAAGGCAGGCACAGCAGAGUAUAUAAUAAGCAGCUUGGGUUAAAUUGGGGCCCGGAGUGUUUCCUGAUGAUUUAAUAACACUAGACACAGUCUAGACGUAAACACAGACGCAUUCAUGAAUAUGUAGAUGCCACAAUACCACAUCAAACAUAGCUCGAAAAAACAGUCCUGUACCCUGAAGCCAUUGCAGCUGGUGUCUGGCCAACUCUCCUAGCCUGAGGUACAGUAGUGCAUUCACCACCGCUGUUCUUGUGUGUCCACAGUAAGUUCAGCCACCAGAACAUAGUGCGCUGCAUCGGGGUGAGUCUGCAGAUCCUGCCCCGCUGCAUCCUCCUGGAGCUGAUGACUGGAGGAGAUAUGAAGAGCUUCCUGAGACAGAACCGACCCAAAACGGUCAGUAGCAGAGUGUCUCUCAACUGCCUCAACUGUUCAACGACCCUAUGGGUCUGUGUAGGUGUCUGUCAGUAGUAAUGGUUUUGUGUGUGUGGUGUUUUUUCAGAGUCAGAGCUCCUCCCUCACCAUGCUGGAGCUGUUACACAUGGCCAGAGACAUCGCCUUCGGCUGUCGCUACCUGGAGGAGAACCACUUCAUCCACAGGUUACCAUGUCCUCCUACCAAACCAUUAACCUUUUGUAUACAGUAUUCAUACUACAUAAAGAGUUAUUCAAUGUUGUUUGUUGUGUGUUUCAGAGAUAUAGCUGCCAGGAAUUGUUUGCUGACCUGCCCUGGACCAGACCGAGUGGCUAAGAUAGGAGACUUUGGAAUGGCGCGUGAUAUAUACAGGUACACUUAACCACCAGUUCUCUCUGUCCCAAUACCAUGCUGCUUGCUGCUUCAGUUCAGCAUCCACCAAACGUGAUCUUAACGCCGUGUGAUGUUUCAUUUCUCCAUUCUGUGUUUUCCCUAGCUGAAAUCUUAACGUAUCUGUUGGAUCAGUCUAGUCUCGCUCCAUGCAGUGAAGACUCGAGAGUACUAUACCCAUUGAGUUAUAGAGGAGUUUGAGACACUAACCAUGACUCAUUCUCCUCCACAGGGCCAGCUACUACAGAAAGGGUGGCCGUGCCAUGCUGCCCGUCAAGUGGAUGCCCCCAGAGGCCUUCAUGGAGGGCAUAUUCACCUGCAAGACUGACACCUGGUAACCCAUUCACUCUAUUACAUGAUGUAUCCAAACUGUAGUUGAAUGACUAGUAGCAGUACAUACAGUGCCUUCAGAAAGUAUUCAUACCCCUUGACUUAUUCCACAUUUUGUUGUGUUACAGCCUGAUUUUUUUUCUCAACCAUCUACACACAAUGACAAAGUGAAAACAUGUUUUUAGAAAUGUUUGCUAAUAUAUUGAAAAUGAAAUACAGAAAUAUCUCAUUGACAUAAGUAUUCACACCCCUUUGCAAUGACACUCCAAAUUGAGCUCAGGUGCAUCCAAUUUCCUUUGAUCAUCCUUGAGAUCAACUUAAUUGGGUCCACCUGUGGCCAACUCAAUUGUUUGGACAUGAUUUAGAAAGAAACACACCUGUCUAUAUAAGGUCCCACAGUUGACAGUGCAUGUCAGGAGCAGAGUGGUCUCCAUCAUUGGGAAAUUGUAAAAAUAUGGAACUACCCAGACUCUGCCUAGAGCUGGCCGUUCGACCAAACUGAGCAACCGGGCAAGAAGGACCUUGGUCAGGGAGGUGACCAAGAACCCAAUGACCACUCUGACAGAACUACAGAGUUAUUUUGCUGAGAUGGGAAAACCUGCCAGAAGCACAACAGUCUCUACAGCACUUCACCAAUCUGGGUUUUAUGGGAGAGUGGCCAGACGGAAGCCACGCCUGAGAAAAAGGCACAUGACAGCACACCUGGAGUUUACAAAAAGGCACAUGAAAGACUCUGAGAGCAUAAGGCAAAAGAUUUAGUGGUCUGAUGAGACAGAAAUUUAAUUACCGGUCUAACACAAUCCCUACUGUGAAGCAUGUUGGUGCCAGCAUCAAUCCCCGCCUUAUCUUAGCUCAUUGGUCACCAUAGCAACACCCACCCGUAGUAUGCGCUCCAGCAGGUAUAUCUCACUGGUCAUCCCCAAAGCCAACACCUCCUUUGGCCGCCAUUCCUUCCAGUUCUCUGCUGCCAAUGACUGGAACAAAUUGCAAAAAUCUCUGAAGCUGGAGACACUUAUCUCCCUCACUAACUUUAAGCAUCAGUUGUCAGAGCACCUUACAGAUCACUGCACCUGUACACAGCCCAUCUGAAAUUAGCCCACCCAACUACCUCAUCCCUAUAUUGUUAUUUAUUUUGCUCAUUUGCACCCCAGUAUCUCUAUUUGCACAUCAUCUCUUGCACGUCUAUCAUUCCAGUGUUAAUACUAAUUGUAAUUAUUUUGCACUAUAGGCUAUUUAUUGCCUUACCUCCAUAACUUGCUACAUUUGCACACACUGUAUAUAUAUUUUCUGUUGUAUUUUUUGACUUUAUGUUUUGUUUUACCCCAUAUGUAACUCUGUGUUGUUGUUUUUAUCGCCCUGCUUUGCUUUAUCUUGGCCAGGUCGCAGUUGUAAAUGAGAACUUGUUCUCAACUGGCUUACCUGGUUAAAUAAAGGUGAAAUAAAAUUAAAAAAAAUAAAAUGCUAUAGGGAUACUUUUCAGAGGCAGGGACUGGGAGACUGGUAAGGAUAGAGGGAAUAAUGCAUGGAGCCAAAUACAUGGAAAUACAGAGUGAAAACGACAAUCAAAUCAAAUGGUAUUUGUCACAUGCGCCGAAUACAACAGGUGUAUGUCACGAACGUUGAGAGACGGGUCGGACCAAGGUGCAGUGUGAAAAGCGUACAUGUUUAUUAACUAAAUAAACAUUCAACAAAACAAGAAACAACGUAAACGUGAAGUCCUCAGGUGAAGUACACAUACAAGCCUAAACGGAACAAGAUCCCACAAUACACAGUAGGCAAUGGGCUACUUAAGUAUGAUCCCCAAUCAGAGACAAUGAGCGACAGCUGCCUCUGAUUGGGAAUCACACCCAGCCAAACCUAGAAAUACACAUCUAGAUCCUAAACAUAGAAAUUCUAACAUAGAUCCUCACGCCCUGACCAAACCAACUAAAGACAACCGGCCUCUCAAGGCCAGGGCGUGACAGUACCCCCCCCCCCCAAAGGUGCGUACUCCGGCCGCACCAACCUGACUCAUUAGGGGAGGAUCCGGGUGGGCAUUCAGCCUCGGAGGCGAAUCCUGCUCAGGGCGUGACGACCUCUCCCUCUCUGCCUCCCCGUUGCGCCCCUGAUCUUGUCUGGACCUCGGCGCGAUGCUUCCCCUCUCCUUCCUCCCACAAUGCACCAAGCCCUGUCUGGACCCUGGUGUGGGAGACCCCGAACCUGGAGAGGGGCUGACGUCUGGGCCUGGAUCGGCAAUCCUCCCGCGAUGCACCAAGCCCUGUUUGGACCCUGGUGUGGGAGACCCCGAACCUGGAGAGGGGCUGACGUCUGGGCCUGGAUCGGCAAUCCCCCCACGAUGCACCAAGCCCUGUCUGGACGCUGGUGUGGGAGACCCCGAACCUGGAGAGGGGCUGACGUCUGGGCCUGGAUCGGCAAUCCUCCCGCGAUGCACCAAGCCCUGUUUGGACCCUGGUGUGGGAGACCCCGAACCUGGAGAGGGGCUGACGUCUGGGCCUGGAUCGGCAAUCCCCCCACGAUGCACCAAGCCCUGUCUGGACCCUGGUGUGGGAGACCCCGAACCUGGAGAGGGGCUGACGUCUGGGCCCGUAUCGUCAAACCUCCCGUGAUGCACCAAGCCCUGUCUGAACCCUGGUGUGGGAGACCCUGAACCUGGAGAGGGGCUGAUGUCUGGGCCCGGAUCGGCAAUCCUCCCGCGAUGCACCAAGCCCUGUCUGAACCCUGGUGUGGGAGACCCCGACCCUGGAGAGGGGCUGACUUCUGGGUCUGGAGUGGAGCCGCUGACCGGAGCUGAACUGGGCACCGGUGGAGCGGACUGCUCUGGCUCCGGAGUGGAGCCGCUGACCGGAGCUGAACUGGACCCCGGUGGAGCGGACUGCUCUGGCUCCGGAGUGGCGCCGCUGACCGGAGCAGGACUGGACCCCGGUGGAGCGGACUGCUCUGGCUCCGCAGUGGAGCCGCUGACCGGAGCUGGACUAGGCACCGGUGGAGCGUACUGCUCUGGCUCCGGAGUGGAACCGCUGACCGGAGCUGGAUCAGGCACCAGUGGAGCGGAUUGCUCUGGCUCCGGAGUGGAUCCGCUGACCGGAGCUGAACUGGGCACUGGUGGAGCGGACUGCUCUGCCUCCGGAUUAGAGCCGCUGACCGUUGCUGGACCAGGCACCGGUGGAACAGGCCGGGCCGGACUGGGGACACGCACCACUGGUCUGGUGCGAGGAGCAGGAACGGGCCAGGCCGGACUGGGGACACGCACCACAGGUCUGGUGCGAGGAGCAGGAACAGGCCGGGCCGGACUGGGAACACGCACCACUGGCCUGGUGCGGGGAGCAGGUACGGGCCGUACUGGACUGGUGAGGUGCACUGGUGACACAGUGCGUAGAACCGGAGCAGGAUAUACUGGACCGUGGAGGCGUACUGGAGGUCUGGAGUGUACAGCUGGCACAACCCGUCCUGGCUGGAUGCCCACUUUCACACGGCACGUGCGGGGCGCUGGCACAGGACGCACUAGGCUGUGAACGCGCACUGGCAACACAGUGCGUAUCUCUGCAUACCUAGGUUCCUCUAUGAACACACGCUCCGUCUGUUGCCUGACCAGCUCCUCUCUCCUUGCUUCCACUACUUCCUUCUCCCUUUGAGCCUCCUGUAGCGCCUCCCUCUGAACGGAUAACUCCUGCUCCCUCUGAGCUAACAGCCCCCGUAACGUGGUGGCCUCCUCUCUCAGACUCUCGAUCCGCAGGUCUUGGAGGACCUUUAAAAUAGCGGCCUCCUCCUCUCUAGUCAGCCCUUUCACGGCCUCCUGCUGUCUCAUCGUCCACCCCGUGAGCCCCCCCAAACAUUUUUCUUGGGGCUGCUUCUCGGACUUCCUCUUCGGCCGGCACCGUUGAUGUCGCCGUUGAUCCUCUCCUACCCGGGCUUCCUCCUUCAUUGCCUUACCGUAACAGACGGCCUCCUCCUCGGUGAUUCUCCCCCAACCGAGGAGGACAUCUACCAACGUAGCCUCCCGGGUGUUUGCUCCUCCUGGCCACGCUGCUUGGUCCUCGUUUGGUGGGAUCUUCUGUCACGAACGUUGAGAGACGGGUCGGACCAAGGUGCAGUGUGAAAAGCGUACAUGUUUAUUAACUAAAUAAACAUUCAACAAAACAAGAAACAACGUAAACGUGAAGUCCUCAGGCUAUACACAUACAAGCCUAAACGGAAUAAGAUCCCACAACACACAGUAGGCAAUGGGCUACUUAAGUAUGAUCCCCAAUCAGAGACAACGAGCGACAGCUGCCUCUGAUUGGGAAUCACACCCGGCCAAACCUAGAAAUACACAUCUACGCCCUGACCAAACCAACUAAAGACAACCGGCCUCUCAAGGCCAGGGCGUGACAGUGUAGACCUUACAGUGAAAUGCUUACUUACAAGCCCUUAACCAACAAUGCAGUUUUAAGAAAAAUAGAAAGAAGAAAAAUAGAAGAGCAGCAGUAAAAUAACAGUAGCGAGGCUAUAUGUUCAGCAGUCUUAUGGCUUGGGGGUAGAAGCUGUUAAGAAGCCUUUUGGACCUAGACUUGGCGCUCCGGUACCGCUUGCCGUGCGGUAGCAGAGAGAACAGUCCAUGACUAGGGUGGCUGGAGUCUUUGACAAUUUUUAGGGCCUUCCUCUGACACCGCCUGGUAUAGAGGUCCUGGAUGGCAGGAAGCUUGGCCCCAGUGAUGUACUGGGCCGUACGCAUUACCCUCUGAAGUGCCUUUCGGUCGGAGGCCGAGCAGUUGCCAUACCAGGCAGUGAGGCAACCAGUCAGGAUGCUCUCGAUGGUGCAGCUGUAGAACUUUUCAGUCUCCUGAGGGGGAAUAGGCUUUGUCAUGCCCUCUUGUCUUGGUGUGUUUGGACCAUGAUAGUUUGUUGGAGAUGUGGACACCAAGGAACUUGAAGCUCUCAACCUGCUCCACUACAGCCCCGUCGAUGAGAAUGGGGACGUGCUCGGUCCUCCUUUUCCUGUAGUCCACAAUCAUCUCCUUUGUCUUGGUCACGUUGAGGAAGAGGUUGUUAUUUACAUUUACAUUUUAGUCAUUUAGCAGACGCUCUUAUCCAGAGCGACUUACAGUUAGUGAAUACAUAUUUUUAUUUUUUUCAUACUGGUCCCCCGUGGGAAUCGAACCCACAACCCUGGCGUUGCAAACGCCAUGCUCUAUCAACUGAGCUACAUCCCUGCCGGCCAUUCCCUCCCCUACCCUGGACAACGCUAGGCCAAUUGUGCGCUGCCCAUGAGUCUCCCGGUCGCGGCCGGCUGCGACAGAGCCUGAAUUCGAACCAGGAUCUCUAGUGGCACAGCUAGCACUGCAAUGCUGUGCCUUAGACCACUGCGCCACUCAGGAGACCAGUUAUCCUGGCACCACACGGCCAGGUCUCUGACCUCCUCCCUAUAGACUGUCUCAUCGUUGUCGGUGAUCAGGCCUACCACUGUUGUGUCGUCGGCAAACUUAAUGAUGGUGUUGGAGUCGUGCUUGGCUCUGCAGUCAUGGGUGAACAGGGAGUACAGGAGGGGACUAAGCAUGCACCCCUGAGGGGCCCCCAUGUUGAGGAUCAGCGUGGCAGAUGUGUUGUUACCUACUCUUACCACCUGGGGGCGGCCCGUCAGGAAGUCCAGGAUCCAGUUGCAGAGGGAGGUGUUUAGUCCCAGGGUCCUUAGCUUAGUGAUGAGCUUUGAGGGCACUAUGGUGUUGAACGCUGAGCUGUAGUCAAGUCAUACCGCCCCAGUAGAUCUGUGGAUCUGUUGGGGCGGUAUGCAAAUUGGAGUGGGUCUAGGGUUUCUGGGAUAAUGGUGUUGAUGUGAGCAAUGACCAGCCUUUCAAAGCACUUUAUGAUGAUUUACGUUCCAACAGGACAAUGACCCCAAGCAUACAUCGAAAGCAACACUUGAAUGGCUUCAGAACAAGAAUGUGAAAGACCUUGAGUGGCCCAGCCAAAGCCCAGACUUGAAUGCCAUUGAAAAUGUGUGGAAAGACUUCCCACUCCCCAUCUAACUUAACAGAGCUUGAGAAAAUCUGAGAGAAAGAAUGGGAGAAAAUCCCCAAAUCCAGAUAUGCAAAGCCGAUACAGACAUACCCAAGACGACUUAAAGCUGUAAUUGCCACCAAAGGUGCUUCUACAAAGUAUUGACUCCGGGGUGUGAAUACUUAUGUAAAUGAGAUAUUUGUGUAUUGCAUUUUCAAUACAAUAGCAAAAAUGUCUAAAAACGUGUUUUCACUUUGUCAUUAUGGGGUAAUCCAUUUUUUAUUCAGGCUGUAACACAACAAAGUGUGGAAUAAGUGGAGGGGUCUGAAUACUUUCUGAAGACACUGUAUGUGUAAAUUGGACAGCAGCAGAUUUCUCUUAUCAACUAUUUUAACUGACCUCUGUUCUCCCUCUGCAGGUCGUUUGGAGUACUGCUCUGGGAGAUUUUCUCUCUAGGCUACAUGCCUUAUCCCUGCAAAACCAACCAGGAGGUUCUGGAGUUUGUGACGAGUGGGGGGAGGAUGGACCCCCCUAAGAGCUGUCCCGGGCCUGUGUGAGUAGAUCAGAUUGAGCUUAUGGAGAGUUUACUCUCUUGACGGGAGUUUAUAAUGCAUUUAGGGCCGUUGCAAGGCAAUAUGCAGUUUUAGACUUAAAUCCAUUAUUGAGUCUGCUUUUCUCCAACUCUAUUCUGUAGGUACAGGAUCAUGACUCAGUGCUGGCAGCACUGCCCUGAACACAGACCCAAUUUCUCCACCAUUCUGGAGAGGAUCAACUACUGCACUCAGGUAAAUAAAAAAAUAGGUACUGGCCCACUCGCAGCCAGGGAUGCAUUUUCUUUACAACACUCACCAUACAUAUUCACCGUUUUAUAUUCUCUCUCUUUUCUUCCGCCCAGGACCCUGAUGUGAUCAACACGCCCCUGCCUGUGGAGUACGGUCCCACAGUGGAGGAGGAGUUAAGCACUGUGAUCCGCCCUGAAACCCCAGGCAGUCUGACCCCUCUGCUGGUGGCCCACUCUGCCUCCCAGGAGGUCUCUCCCCAGAUCACGUCGCUGCCCCAGCCCCACAAGCCCCAUCUGCUGCUGCAGAGGCCCCAGCAGCUGCCUCAGGAGGUGGCCUCCUACCGCGAGGCCCUGAAGCCCUGCUGGGCUGAGCCUGUCCCUGCUCCGGGUCCAGGGAUCUGCCCUGGUGCCUGGCUUCACCCCGAGCCCCUCAACCGGCCCUGCUCCAGGGACAGCUCCUUCUCAGGCAGCCAGAAGCUAAAAAACAAGACCAAGAACCUGUGGAACCCAACCUAUGGCUCCUGGGUGCUGGAGAGCUUUGGUCGGGGGAAGACAGCCCUAUCUCAUACCAAGUCCAUGCCCCUGUCCAGCAGCUCCUCCGCCCCCCAGGCAGCCACCCCUACCUCUGAGUGCAACCAGUCUGGGUGCGAUGGCAGCAGUGACCUCCAUGCCCCCAGUAGUCUGUGCUCCUCGUCCUGCCAGGCCCUCUCCACUUCCCAGCCCCAGAAGGCCCAAGCAGGGGGAGCCAGUGGGGGCCAGACCCUGGGCAUGGACCUGGCUAAGCUGCAGAGCUUCCCCUGUGGCAAUGUCAACUAUGCCUACGAUGAGCAGAGCUAUGAGGCAGAGAGCCUGCCCCUGGUGGUGCCCAAAGGCCCAAAGCCCUGCCCCAGCACCAGUGCCAGCACCAGCUGUGCCCCCAGCACCUCUUUCUCCUCGUCCUUCUCCUCCUGCUCAGGGGCAGGCCUGGGUGUGGCCUCCUCCUGUAUGCCCAAACUGCUACUGAAGCGCCAUGCCAGCUAUGGACACGAGGAUGUGAGGAGACACACCAAGCCUGAGAAACCCACCCGGGACAGAGACUCAGGCUUCUCUCUGUCUGAGGACCUCAGCGUCACCCCUGUCUAACCCUGGCCCCUGGGUGAGCGGAGCAGAACACUGGAACAGACCCCACACCUCACUGGCAAUGCACAGGAACACACUAUUGGAGAUGGCAGACAUUUUCACCAAAUCAUUUUCACUCCCUUUUUGUCGAUUCAUUGCUUUGUUUUAUAAAGUUUUGGUACUACUGAUGAUGCGUUGUAGUUAGUAUAGAUGGUGUGAGAAUUAAAUGAAAGCCCACAGUAGCAAGAAAACACAACAGCUUAAAUACAGAAGGAGAUGCUGCUUUGCCUGGAGACAGGUAGCAUGUUCUCUUCCUGAGGUGGAAUAUGACACAACCCAAGAAGGCCGCCAUUGGCACAGAAGCACACCCAAGCCUCAGAGGAUUUCUAGGCCCUAGCUGGAUUCAUCUGCAUCCAUUCAAAUGUGCAGCGUCUCCUCUGGUUCAGGGCUCUUUUGUUAAUCCAUUCCUUUCUUCUCUGUUUAUAACAUUACCUUGUUAGGUUUACACUGGAAUUAAUGACUGGGAUUGACUGCUAAAUCAAUACUGUGAAAACAGAUAGGAAGCUCUGGUUGCCUAUGCAGGUGAUGGUAAGGCAGAAAGGAGAAUUUCAGUAUGACUAGACCAGAGAGAGUGUAUGAACUUGUGAUAACAAUUAUAAUGACUUGUGCUGUCUACUGUUCCCUAUCUGGCUCAUAAGCAAAAGUGAAUCUCUUGUUUAGAAUUGUCAUAGUUAUUUUGUAGAUAGCAUUUACAUUUUAUUAAUACCGUAGUCUGUUUUACUGUAUUAUAGGCAUUGACUACUAAUACUUCACCCUCUCUACAUGCAUUUAAUCUUAUGGUGACUGUUCUCACUCUUUACUGAAGAGUGUUUUAGAGACACCAAGAGCAGGGAAUGUGGUAGUAGGAGCUCCUCUGUAAUUUGUCCAUCUUGUUCCAACACGGAAAAUGUUAAUACUACUGACUUUCACCUUGGCUACACCAAUAUAUUAAAUACUAUUAUUUCACAUUGGAAUUCCUAUGUAAACUGGACUAACUCAUUCAAUUUGUAGCAGUUAUACUUCAUUU